AUGGCAUCGGGGGGAGACCCCGACGCCCCCCCUGUUGGCGAGGAGCUCGCCCCACUGGCCAUCGACGACAUCCACACACUGCUGCAAGUGGAACAGGAGCAAGUUCAGAAAAGGACGUUCACUAACUGGAUGAAUGCUCAGCUUUCCAAGAGGAGCUCUCCCUCCUUAGUGCAGGAUCUGUUUGCAGAUCUUCGUGACGGAGCUCGACUGUUGGAUCUGCUGGAGGUCAUGUGCGGCCAGAGCCUGAAACGGGAGAAAGGCCACGGAGUUUUCCAGCAGCGGGGAAAUAUUGAAAAAGCCUUGAACUUUUUAAAGAAUAAAUCGAUCAAGCUGGUAAACAUCAACAUACCUGACAUUAUAGAGGGGAAACCAUCAAUUAUCCUGGGCCUGAUAUGGACCAUUAUCCUCCGCUGUCACAUAGAGGAGUUGGCCAGCACGCUCUCGUUCGCCUCCCGCUCUUCGUCUCUGGAGUCUCUGUCCAGCCAGGACUCGGCCCCGAGCACGUCCGUCCGAGGCAGCCCCGCGCCGUGCAGGGCGUCGCCCCUCCACAAACGCUUCCGACUGUCUGCUAAAAAGGCCCUUCUGCUGUGGGUGCGAGACCAGUGCAAGAAAGUGGGCUGCUCGGUCAGUGUGAAAGACUUCACGUCCAGCUGGAGGAGCGGCGUGGCGUUCCAGGCCAUCCUCUGCUCCCUGAGGCCAGACCUGGUGGACCUCUCCCUAGCCGAGGCCCGGAGCAACCUGCAGAACCUGGAGGAGGCUUUCCGCAUUGCCCAGCAAGAGCUGGGCAUACCCCGGCUGCUUGAACCUGAGGAUGUUGAUGUCACUGAUCCAGAUGAGAAGUCCAUCAUGACCUAUGUAGCCCAGUUCCUGCAGUAUUCCAAUGACAUGCCCUCAGUAGAGGAGGAGCUGGAGGCGUCGCCCGCCCAGAAGAUGCGAGAGAUGACUCGCUGGCUCGAGCGAGCCCACGAGGAGUUGGUGGACGUGUGGUCCUCCACGGAGGCGGAGGGAUACGCUGCCAAGUAUCAGGCGUUCCAGGCCUUUGCAGGGUCCUUGGGUGAGUGGCGGCGUCCGGCGUUGUCCAUGCUGAGUGCGAUGAAGCGCUGUACCAACCUGAGUGAGGAGCAACUCGCUCUCAGGAAGGCAUGGGACGCUGUGGAAGAAAGGCUGCAGUGCUACACGGCUGAUCUGGAUGCGGCUCUCCCUGCUCCUCUGCGCACGCCGGUCCGGUGGCUUCAACGCAUGGAAGCGCUGCUGCACGAGGGGCAGGUCGACGUCGGAGACCACGCCGGCGCGGCCAGAGACACCAGAUGCAAGCAGGAGAGGCUGAAGGUCCUGCUGGAGGACGCAAGCGGCCAUUUGGACACGCUUCGUCUGUUCCACGGCACAGCAGAGGACGGCUCCUCCCAAGUUCCAGUGGGGAAACUCAAUGAGCUCAAGAGUCGUUUCAACAGUGCCAGAGUGACUGCGGAGUACUACGGAAUGAAGCUGGAAUACCAGGAACAGUGGUAUCAUGUCUGUGAUCUCCUGGAUCAUCUGAAGAGCAAGCUGAGCACUUGGGAAGGGCCCUGCGGCUCUCAGGAGUCCGUCCUCACUCUACUGCAGGACUGGGAUGAUUCGGUGGACAAACGUGGCCUGGUGUCCGCGCUAAAAGCAGCCCUCCAUAAACUGAAACAGACUGCCAACACUUACACCAGCAAGGCAGCAUUGGGGGAGGACGCCACGGCGGUGAGCAAGCAGGUGAAAGAGGCAGAGGGCCAGGUGGCCGUGAGCGCAGAGGCGACCGCCGCCACGCGGGACAGAAUGGACCGUGUGCUGGCCGCCUGGGAGUCCUACAGGAAGUACUCUUCCUCACUGCGGCUCGUCCUGGACCAUGAGGCCCAGUCAGCAGGGGAAGAGCAGGCCUCCUACAUUACGGCUGAGUGGAGCGCCUGCCACACCCAGCUGAACGAAGCAGGAAGCUUCCUGACUGAGAUGACUGACAGCUCCACCAGCCACUCCCUGGCAAGCGAGCUCAGUAAACUCAACGCGAAGUGGGCUGAGUUUGUCAAGAGGACCACGUCUGUUUCCGGGACCUUUACGGCCCUCUCUCUACAGCCCGUCACGAGGGCCCCCCAGGCUCAUGUCAUCCAUAGCCUCCUGCAGGAGGCAGGCUGGGUCCUCAGGGAAACUGUGGAUGUAUCCUCCGCAGCUCUGCGCUCGUACCGGGCGAGACUGCAGGUCAUGGAGCAAAAGAUGUCGGAGUUGGAUUUGGAAAGUUUGUCUUCAUCACCGGGGUUCAGUGAGGAGGCUGUGCAGAAUCUCAAACGCAGGCUUCCAGAGACGAGGCAGGCUCUGUGCACAGCAGAGCGGCUGUGCGAGGGGCCCCAGAAGGCCGCGUCCCAGCUGGAGGGCAGGCUUGCUGAGCUGAGCCACUGGAGCACCGGAGCCCUGGAAGUCUGCAAGCACACGGGCCAUCCGGGGACCCACCCCAGAGUGAAAAUGCUCAUCUCCAGAGGGCUGCAGCUGGAGGGACAAGUUUUGGCGGAGAAACGAGAUCUACAAGCUCUGCUGGCAGACGUGCAGGAGGGCUCCGCCCUGCCCUGCCUCACUUUCUCUGCCUUACAGGACAGAGUUCAGGACACCAUCCUGCACUCUCAGGAGAUAACAGGGAUGCUUAGCUGUGUGGAGGUAAAGUGUGAGGGAGAAGCUGAAGGUGUUCAGCCCCAUCCAAAGGUCAUUGUUCGUGCAUACACCACUCCAGAGCCUCAAGUAGGAACUUUCCAGAAAUAUGAGGUCCAGGUCUUCUCCAGAGUUGAGAAGCCGUCACAGGAGGGUCUAACACAGAGUCAGAGCCUCCAAACUCAUGGAUAUUCUCCAUUACAAAGACAAAUGAAAGCCAAACCUGAUCUCCAACCCCAAGUGCCAUCUGUGGGUGAUCCCCAGGAGCUACAGUUGCAACAGACCCCAGCUCUACUCUCAUGUACCCCUGGAACAGAGGCCCCGAAGGAAGCUCAAGCUGUGGAUCAGGUAGACCUGAGUCGGAGAGAGGCCUGUCCUCUGCCAGAAGCCACCCAUGCUCCGGUGGAGAAACCUCAGCAGCCUCCGGCCUCACCGGCCUCCAGCAACAUCUCUGACUCGGGGACCUCCCACCAGCAAUGCCCUGACACUCUGUCCAGAUCCAAACCUCAGACCACAGAGCCUAGCCCACACCAGCACCACAAGUACGUAGCCAAAGCUCACAGUCUUCCCCUGUCCCACGAGUCCUCUCCUACAUUUGCCAAGCCUGCGGUGCAGGCCCCAGCCAAGGCGCAGGAAACCCAGAUCCGGCCAAAGGCUCUCGGCCCAGGCACGCCCCACAGGCAGCGGGGAAUGGGCCAGACUCCCAGCACGCCCCACAGCCCCGGGCAGACCGAGCUGUAUUCCAGAGCACAGGCCAUGGCUAAGAGCAGGAUGGACAAGGCUCAACGGCGUCUGCUGGAGCAUGUAGAUGAGGUGAUUACAGCCCUCAGCAGCACGGGCAUAUCAGAAGAACAGAAGCAGGGGGCACUGCAGAACCUUAAGCCAGCAAUGCUAGAGGAGUUCCUGGGAGCUGUGGAGGGAGCAGGGGCCUUCUGUUCUCAGGCCCAGUGGACAGACACGGAGGGUCUCUCUCUAUCUGUUAGGGCCCAGUGGGAGGCAAGCUCCUCGGCUGUGCAGCCCGAGGAGUGUCUGCAGGCCCUACGGGGGCUCAGCGAGAUGCUGCAGCCCCUGCGUGGCUCCCAUCCUGCCAGUAGCCCCCCGAAGCAGUUCCAGGUGGACCCGGGAGUUCCACGGCCGCAGCGCGGGGAGCAAACACAAGUCAGCACCCUGCUCAGAGAGCCGGGACUACCUGCAGAGCAGUCGCUCAGUCAGGUAGACAUCCAGGACAUCAUACAGGUUAGCAGCCUGGGGAGCAGACGCAGCCCCGAGAGGGCUGUCGUUCCCACCGCCCAUGCACAGGAAGAGGAGACCUCCCGACAGGAAGCCCACAGCAGCUACGGGGACGCCCGCUUAGCUUUCCAGCAGCAGCUGCGGGUGAAUGGCGAGCGGCUGCGUGCCGAGCAUCCCCCCGGCCCCUCGCCACACACCCUGAAAGCCCACCUGCAUGAGCUCCAGGCCCUGAGGCAGCAGACAGAGGCUCUCUGGUUUGAAUUUGAGCUUCAGAGCUCUCGACACAUGGAAGAGGGCUGCAGUGUUGUGCCAGACAGAGCCCAGCUCCUUCAGCAGUGGAGAAGACAGCGAAUCUGCCUUCAGACCAGGAUGAAGUCACUGGAGAGCGCAUUGGAGUUGUUAGAACCAAUUGAUAGAAAUAUCGACCUGAUCUCUGAUCAGCUAGACCAGAUUGUUAAAAAACCCAUCGUCAUCAGUGGCUAUGCCCUCGCUGACCCCAGAGCGCUACAUGAAGGCAUAAAGCAUCUAGAUGAGAGCAUUCAGAGAGAACUGCAGCUCCUGUCGGAAUCUGAGAGGAAAGUGUCUGGCUGCGGCGGCGUGUCAGAGACUGAUGUCCAGACGCCACCGCCUCCGCAAGCCGUCCAGAGCUGCGUGCCGCGCCUGGUCCAGCUGAGCCUCCGGCUCGGGAGGGCGCGCUCGGCCCUGGAGGCCCUGGAGCAGCACCUGGCCAGCCUGCAGCAGCUGGACAGGGAGCUCUCCUCGGCCACCGCCGCACCUCCGGCAGGAGCGGCGGGACCAGGCCGCGGAGUCUCCACGCGGCAGAGGCUGGAGCGGGCGGCGGAGGAGGCCGCGCGGCUGGACGGGCUGCUCGCAGACGCAGCGAUGACCGUCGGCUCCGGGCCCCGCGGCUGCCGCGACCUGGUGUCGGCACUGAGUGAGCGCGUGGCAGGGGGGGAGCCCCCAGGGCGGAGAGCAGCACAGGGGGGAGAAGGGCAGAAGGAACGGAUGCUGAAGGGGAGGAGCAGAGCCCUUAAGGCCACGCUGAGGGAAGUACAGGUGGAGCUGGAGAGGCAGGGCCUGAAGGAGGCCACUCUACCCGCCCUGCAGCACAGAUUGCGCUGUUUGGCGGACGCGCAGAGUAAGCUGACCGCUCUGCGCUCGGACAUCCAGAGCCUGCGUGACGCCUCCGGCCGGGCCCGCGCGACGGAAGCCGGGGAGCUGGAGGCGCAGUGGGAGGAGGCGCACCGAGCGGCCGCUGAAAGCCGCGAGGAGUGCCGUGCCCUGGUUGAGCUGCUGAGGAGGUUCCAGAGCUGCCGCCGCCUGCUGGGCACCACCCUGCAGCGGGCCGAGCAGACCGUCGGAGAGCGCGCCUCCUACAUGGGCAAGGACAACCUUCAGUCCCUCUGCACCAGGGUGAGUGGUAUCAAGUCAGAGCUGACGUCUCUUGGGGAUGCAGUGGAGGAGUUCCGGACUGUGUGCAGACAGCUGCAGACUCAGCUCAGGAAGCUCCCCAACUUUCCCGACACGCCGUUUGAGAACGAGGCUGAUGACUUCAUGGACCGCUGGCUGGAUGUGAGCGAGAAGACCGACUGCUGUCUGGACAACCUGCAGGCUGGGCUGUCCUUGUGGGAUCAGCUCCUCUCCCUGGCCGGGGAGGUGGAUAUGUGGAGCUCUCGCAAGUUGAAGGCAUUUGACCAGUCAUGCCCCUUUCAGAAAGAGCAGGAUGUCACCGCUAUGGAGGAAGAGCUGAGGAGCCAGGAGGAGAAUGUGGAGCGCUUUCAUUCAAGGUCUGCUGAGAUCCAGCGGCUGCUGCAGGGCACGGAGCACCCUCUGGAGCUGCAGGUGAUCGAGUCCCAGCUGAGGAAGAGGAUUGGAGAGGUGAAGGAGCUCCUCUCGGAAGCGAGUGACGUCUUCAGGGAGCUGAUGGCUGCCAAGGCCCAGGUGGCAGCCAGGAUGGCGGAAUGCCUGUCCUCCAUACAGACAAUAACAGAUGCCCUGACUACACCGACUGCCCCUGAGGGCCCACAGCACAUGCAGCACAUUCAGAGCUUAUCCGAGCAGCUGCAGGCAGAGAGCGCACAGGUGGACGCUGUGCUGCAGCAAGUGGCCCUGCUAGCCAGCCUGGCCAGCCCAGAGAUCAUGCUCGCCCUGACCGAGGAAGGGGCCCGGCUCCAGGACAGCGUGUCCGCUGCCGAGGAGAUGAUCGUGCUGAGAAGGAAUCAGGCAGACGGCCUCGGUAAGCCACACCAGGCCAAAGGUGAUCACGUCCCAGAGGGUCCCCUUCACGGGACACCCCAACCCGGGAGGAGGGAACUCUCCUUUCCCCCUGGAGCAGAGCCGCCACACCGGGACCCCCCGGACGGCGGUGACCUGUCGGAGGAGCUGCGGACCUUUAGCGGCCAGGCCCGAGGCGCUAGGGCUUGGGUCGGCGAGCUGCAGCAGCAGGUCGACAGUCUGGGCCCCAGCGCUCUGAAAAGCCUGGAAAUCACCGCGGAGAGACGAAAAGGACUACAGGUGGUGUUGAACCCGGAGGCUGAGGGGGACAGCAGGUUGGAGGAACUCAAGGUCGAAACUCAGGAACUGAGAGACAGAAGGGACAUCCUUCACGCUCUUAAUAAAGCAGAGACCCGGUGGGGAUCUGUGUUGCAGUCAGCACACGAACAGCACAGUCGUCCCUCCUGUCUCAGCCAGAGGCAGCAGGUUGAGGACAGGCUGCAGCAGCUGCAGGAGCAGACAGCAUGCCUGCCCGGGCUGCCCGAGAGGCAGACGGCUCUGGAGCAGGCCCGGGCCCUCCUGGAGACAGCCAGAGCCGUGGACAGUGAGGUCGCAGCCCUGGUAGUCCACGACCCAAGCUGCACUGGAGUGUCCUGGGUCAGCCUGGAGGACAGACGCGCCAGCCUGCUCAAACAACUCACCGAUGUGUGUGGCAGUCUGGAGUCAAGCGCUGGCACGGAAGACCACUGCAGCGGACAGCUCGAUCGGUGGCGUGAAACGCCGACCGGUCUGCAGAUGUCGGCGCGGCACGGAGCCUCCGAGUCCUCCGCUGCACUAGAAGUGAGGGCUCUGGAUCAGGAGGUCAGGGAGUUACAGGAGGUUGAGGCACUGGCUACCACACUGCUACCAAGCUGCACUCCUGAGGGCCAGAAGACCCUAUCGCAGGUCAUCCAGACUCUCCACAGUAAGAAGACAAUGCGAGAGGAGUCCCUACCCAAACUGCAUGGCCAUUUAAAACACCAGAAGGCAGGAGAAAGCAACUCUGAGAUGGCCGCUGAAAAUGUGGACGUUUGCAAGGAUGUUGGAGAUGGACACAUCAUGCCUAAACAAGUUGGUGAAGCGUCACAAGCGACAACAGUCCCAAAUGCCGAAAAGACGAACGAGCCACACACUGAGCAGCCUCGGGCAGAAGUGAACCAGUACAUAGAGCCUUCCACUGCCGGAACAAGGAGAGGGACGAUGGAGGGAGUUCUGGAUUCAGACCCAACGAACAGCGAAGAAGACAAGAUGACAGAGACGCCCGACUCCAAAUAUACGAGCGUGGCCAGCCGUCAGCGGUCAGCUAGCGCGAGGCUUCCAGACCCCGCAGACACAGUGCGUGGUGCGUCCACAGAACUGAGCCAGAAAGAGCACGCGGACUUUUUAACUGCAGGGACUACGCAGUGGGAGGCUGUGAGCGCCACGCGUGUAGAGACGUCCCUGCAAGUGGAGAACCAGCCAAGAGCUACAAGCAGUAAUCCCGUGACUGCUAGCCAUCUCGGUGUCACCAGCAACUGUCCCCUGAAGAUAAAACCAAAAGAUGUCAAGUGCAUCGUUCCAAAGCACGUUCCUGGUUCUGGGGUGAUUGAAAUGUCACAGCAGGUGGGAGCAGAGUCGCAGAUGUCUGCUGCAGUGCCGUCACAACCAGACCUCAACAGCCACAGAGAGGAGCAGAGCAAGCAUGUGGACUGCACGGUCAGCCUACAGCCGGGAGAAAUGUCCACAGCCCGGUUGGACGUGUGUAGGAACGGAAAAGCUGAAGCUGGGGGCUCCGAACAUGGUCGUGGGGGAGAUGGAGGCACAGCAGUGCAGCCUAGCCAGACGUCAGGGUUGGCAGCCUUAAUACACAUCAGCACGAAUGUUCAGCCACUAAUGGACACCAGCGGUGUUUCAGCGCUGGGUGAGAAAGAGACGAGAGAGGCUGCCUGGUUCUUGCAGCCAUUAUCCACAGAUUCUGAGGACCAACUGGAACGAACUGUCUUCAGGAUUCUAAGAUGUCAGUACCAACCAGCCCAACUCAGCACAGAGCUUAUGAUGCAGCAGGUUCAGGAAGCUGAGAGCUGCAGACAGCUUGUUAUGGAGCAGGCAGAAGCACUGUCCCGGUGUUCCCAUGCUGGUGCCUCCCUGUCCAGCAGGUGCAUGGAGGGUAGGUGGAGCACAGCGCUGUGUAGCGCCUCCGCCGUCGUGCAGGCGAAGGAGGCCCAACUCCACCAGUUCACACGGUAUCACCAGCAAACCCAGACUGCCCGAGACACGUUAGAGGGGCUUCACGCGGAGUUAGACACGCUGAGCCUGGAUUCUUUGACAAGCAGUGCCAUUCAGGCAGAAAAGCUGCGUGCGUUCCUGAUGCGCAUAGAGGAGAAGAAAGGCAUGUUGGACACACUGCUGUGCUUGUGCCGCCAGGUGGCGGCCCAUCUGGAGAAGGCCGAGGGGCCUGUGGCAUGCCUAAUCCAGGUGCAGAAUCUACAGGAGAAGUGGCACAUUUUGGAGGGGAGCGCGGAUAGAACCCUGAGGCACGCUGACAUCUGCACAGCCGAAGCGUCUUCUCUACUGAGGGACUCUAAGGAGCUUGCAGGAGAACUAGAGGCUCUGCAGCAUGUAGAAUGCCACAGCAUACUACAGAAAACUCUGACAUACUCUGAACUUGUUGAAAUGAAUGAACGCUACCUGUACCUCCUUGAGCGCUCUCAGACUCUUUCCCAGUACCCACUAGGGGAGAGUGAGAGGCAGCACAUUGAGAAAACUUUCCAAAAUCUGAAGUCCCAAUUGGAACGUACACAGGAGAAGCUUGGUACUCAUUCCUCAUGUCUCAGUGACCACUCGCUAGCAGAGUUCACUGAGGUUAUGAAAGACUAUGUAACCUGGGAUAAAAUAACAGAGGGCAGAGUCACGAGGAGAAAGAAGCUUUCUCUCUUUCCUGAGGAGGCUACUCAGCAGGUUAACAGCAUAAAGAAACUACAGGCAGAAAUAUCAGUAAGGAGGUCCAAAUUUGCCUCUGUUGCUGAAAAGCUAAAAGAGGAGACUGCGAGCCUUAAUGAGGAGAUUUCAUCUAUGAUAUUAUCUGCACUUGAGUCUGUAAAGGUCUUGUACUGUAAGGUCACAGAGAGGUCAGACUGUUUUUCUGUAGAACUGAACCAAAUGUUGAAUGCUAGACAGAGACUGGAGACUCAGCUCACAGUCAACAGUACCUGGCUAGCUUCACUCUUAGAUGAACACUCAAAUAAAGCCACAGGGGUUCAAUUAGGAACUACUAUUGCAGACUUAAAAGUGGACCUAGAAAGGCACAAGGGUACUUUGAAAGAAGCCGAGAGACGUGUAACUAUCGUUCAGACACUUCUCGAUGAGACAAAGGCUAUGAUCCACGGUUUAACUAUAGCAGAAAAUUUCCACCUUGUUGACAAACUUACCAGCUUGCGAGCAGAGCUCAGUGGGGUUGUAAGAUGUGAACAGUUCAUGUGCUGGGAACUGGAAGAGCUCUUGCAUGCCCAGGAAUCUUCCACAGAUGAAUUCGAUGCUAUCCAGAGGAGCUUGCAGAAAAUUACAACUGACCUGGAGAAGCAAAGGUAUCCUGUAACACAAGAGACCCUCUCUGCUUUUGACCCUGUGAGACACAGACUGAUGGAACACCUGUCCCAAGUUCAGCAAGUCCAGCAUCUCCAGGGCCAUCAAAGGAAAGACCUGAUCCAUGCCAUCCUGACCUUACAGGGGAGAACAAGGCUGCUGGACCAGCAGUUCAAAGAACACAAGGAGUACCUGUCUUCCAAGCAGCAUUUGGAUAACUGCAUAGAGGCAAUAAAAAAGAGGCUUCCUCAGGUCUCGGAUGUGAGCCUAAAAGUCGAUGAGCGGUUCAGGCUGGGUCAUGCCUUGCUGGUGGCAUUUCCUCUGGUGAAGAUGUCCUGUGAAGAGACCGCUGACCGACUGGAGGCCAUUUCCGGUGAUCUCUAUCCAUCCCAGCUUGGAUCAGAGAGGCAAAAGAUUCGCAGUGCGGUUCCAAACAUUGCUGCCUGGGAAAAAAUUGUUAGCAGCGAAGUUAAAGCACUUGAGCGCUGCCUAGUGGAAGGCUUCAGCAGUGCCACUGAGCUGACCGCAUUGUCCCAGCACUUUCUGAGAGCUGAAGAGCAGCUAAAGCAGAUCAGCUGCUUGGAGCCGAACGACCACGUCAUCGCUGCAGAACUACGAAAGUGCUGGACCCUUGAGAGCGCUGUGGCUUCUGGGUUGCGAAUGUUAGAGGCCUGCAGAGAUGGUACAGCAGUUGAAGGCUAUAAGGACACCACUGACACAUGUAGAAGAAUUUUGAAAGAAUGCAAGAUGCACAAAGGAAAACUUAUCCAAGCUAAGGAGGCCCUGAAGGUCUACCAGUGGGCUGUCCAAGGGACUCAGGCUUUUCUGCAGCAGGUUAAGUCCAGACUCCUCCUUCCCUCGUCCAGCUUCACAGACUGUAUGGAGGAACUGCAACAUACUCAACAAAUUCUUACUAGUCUGACUCAAGGUUUCCAGGCUCAUAUGAGUGAAAUUCAGACCCGGUUGCCCCAACGAGCAUGUCUAUCUGGCUGUUCCAUUGAGAAGCUCCACAUCCAGGUUGUCAGCAACCUCCUAGUGGGUAAUGCUAUCCUGGAAACCAAAACUAGGCUCAAGAUGAAGGCUCUUGAAAGGUGCUUAAUGGAACAAUCUACUCACAGUAAACACCAUGAUGAAAUGAGCCAGCUUCUCCAAAACUUUGACUCCAAACUUUCACAAAGCCUCCGUCACAAGCCAAUAUCUUCAGAAGACUGCAAAGAGCAGCUCCAGAAAAUGAAGGAUCUUCAGGAGGAGUUGGGGGACACUGGUAGAAAACUAAAGGCGCUGAGAACAAGCUGUCCUCUCCAGGGCUGUAACGUAGCUGCUGAGCAGGCUCUGGGCCACCUGUGGAGGCAGUGGGCCAUGCUGCAACGCAGACUGGAUGCUCUUAGAUCCAGAGUCACACAUGCAGAGACACAGUGGAAGGACAUGACGCUAAGGGUCAAGAGGUCCCGAGAAGCUCUCGACAGACUUGAACGUGGCCUCCCUGAUGUUUCCAAGGUGAGGGGAUCUCUGAGGAAGCUUCAAGAGACCCUGGCCCAAACCGAGCAGCUCCAGGAUAAGCUGGCCCAGGAGCAUGGCAUCGUGGUCUCUCUGCAGCACUGUGGAUCACGACUGCAGGACGGCUCGAGCCCAGAGAAGCUCAGCAAGCCAACUUGGCUAAAUCAGGAACUGCACUCUCUUCAAAGCAGCUUCCAAAGCCUAAGAGAACAAAUCAAUGAGGCGAGACGUGAUGCAUUGACUGAGAUCCAGGAGCGGGAUUGCUUGCAGCAGGAACUGAAGUCAGUCCAGCGGAGUAUUCUGUCUCUUCUGUCUGUCCUGCAGAUGCAGCCGAAUCCCACACACUUACAGGAGCUGAGAGUGGAGGCGAGCUCUCAGAAUGCCAGACUGCAGGACAUUAUGAGCAGGGUGAGGACCAGGAGCGGUGGUGUUCCCCAGGAGAUCCAGACUCUAGAGGAGGAGAUCAGUCUGUCCCUGCGGAAAGUCAAGGAGAAGGUGGGGCAGGCCAUGGAGAGGAGUGGCCCUCUCCACAGAAUGAGGGAGCGUGUGAUUGAGAUCACUGUGGGGCUAAGCCGUGCGAAGGCCCUGCUGCAGCAGAAGAGUUCCACUGUACAAGAAGCUGAAAACGCACUGAAGUGUGUGUGGGACGAGUUGGACCAGUGGCACUCCCGGAUAGCCGAGCUGGAGGCGGAGGUGCAGGAGCUAGCCGAGGAGCAGGCCAAGAGGGCCCACGUCCUGAUGGAUGAGCUCACCAAACCUCUGGAGUGCUACCAGGCUGUGGCCAAACAGGCCGAGCAGAGGACGGCGUUUAUCAGCAGAAUUCCUGCGUGUCUCCAGGAGUAUGAAGAUGUUCUCCAUAGUUCUACCUGUUGGCUGACAGAGGCUCAGUGCUGGCUGGAGACCCCACGCAUCUACACCACUGCCAAAUGCCUCCACAGUCAUGCCAGCUCCUUACAGACGAUGCUGGACGAAUCUGACGGAGUCUGUGGUGCUCUGGAGUCCUUUGGCCCUGCAUUGCAAGACAUCUCAGUGGUGUGUGACACCAGCGCUCAGGAGCAGAAGCUCCUUCAGGUCCGCACCAACAUCGGCCACGUGCGCCGCCGCGCCAUGGAGCCCCUCUCCGAGCUUCAGAACGCCGCUGCGGAGAUGGAUGCCAUCGAAGCCGAGGUGAAGGCGAUGGAAACGAACGUGUCGAAGAUCAGAACUAUUUUAUCCAGCAUUGACACCGAGGACAUUCCCCCAGAGGAGCAUCUCCAGAACAGACAGAUCAUCCUUGACAACCUUCAGGCCAUGAAGAGGACCGUGGGCGAGAUCGAAAGGUGCAGGGCGGGCCUCGGCCUUCCGGCGGGGGCAGAGCUCAGCUUGGCGGCCUUCCACAGAGCCAGACAGCUGGAGCAACCCCUCCAUGACCUGCAGCUGUUGACUGAGGAGCAGAAUGCUGCAAUCAGGGUUGCUAUCGGUCAUCCAGUUGACUUUAUUUAUCCCUGUGACCAAAUGUCAGAAUCCAGCCUUGUCGUACUCUCCUUUGGGGACAAAGUGGUGCCCGUGGAAACACCAUACCCCGAGGAAGAGGACAGUGAUGAUUACGAGGAUGAAGGCGAUUGCUCCUCGUCCUCUGAGACUCUCACGUGCAGUGUUCCAGAGGACCCAGAAGAACCUCUGAUGAACGAGGAGAGUGCUGAACCCGAUGCCCCCACCCUGGUCCAGGUGUCUGUCACUAAGGAAUCAACUGUCAAAGAAACAAAUUACAUGGAGUCUUUGCCCCUGAACAGCGAGACUAAAUUUGAACAUAGUCCUUCACCUACACAGCUUAAGAAACUCGAUCCAUUAACAGCAGACAGUAGCACAGCUGCUGAAGACAGGAGUUCUGUGCCUGACACAUCUGCCCAGCCUCUCGACACACUAAUAUCAGAGAGAACCGAGCCUGCUUCACAACUCUCCAGACCAUCUGAAUCGAGUGCUCACGAGCCUGAGGACGUGCUUCGAGACAUCAGACGUGCUGCAGUAAUGGAGGAACCCCAAGGAGUGAUACCAGCAGCUGAUCUCAAACCAGGAGAGACAGGACUGUUCACAGUAAAGCCUCUUGUGGAAGCUGUAGACGUGGAGGCCAUGAGCAAGGGGACCCAGCCAGUCCCUCAGGAGAUGCUCCCUGACGGUCCCUCUGCUCCCACCGUGACACAUCUGAACCAGAACCUAGAAGAACCUCUGAACCAGGAGAGUGCUGAACCGGAUGCUCCCACCAUGGUCCAGGUGUCUAUCACUAAGGAAUCAACUGUCAAAGAAACAAAUUACAUGGAGUCUUUGCCCCUGAACAGCGAGACUAAAUUUGAACAUAGUCCUUCACCUACACAGCUUAAGAAACUCGAUCCAUUAACAGCAGACAGUAGCACAGCUGCUGAAGACAGGAGUUCUGUGCCUGACACAUCUGCCCAGCCUCUCGACACACUAAUAUCAGAGAGAACCGAGCCUGCUUCACAACUCUCCAGACCAUCUGAAUCGAGUGCUCACGAGCCUGAGGACGUGCUUCGAGACAUCAGACGUGCUGCAGUAAUGGAGGAACCCCAAGGAGUGAUACCAGCAGCUGAUCUCAAACCAGGAGAGACAGGACUGUUCACAGUAAAGCCUCUUGUGGAAGCUGUAGACGUGGAGGCCAUGAGCAAGGGGACCCAGCCAGUCCCUCAGGAGAUGCUCCCUGACGGUCCCUCUGCUCCCACCGUGACACAUCUGAACCAGAACCUAGAAGAACCUCUGAACCAGGAGAGUGCUGAACCGGAUGCUCCCACCAUGGUCCAGGUGUCUAUCACUAAGGAAUCAACUGUCAAAGAAACAAAUUACAUGGAGUCUUUGCCCCUGAACAGCGAGACUAAAUUUGAACAUAGUCCUUCACCUACACAGCUUAAGAAACUCGAUCCAUUAACAGCAGACAGUAGCACAGCUGCUGAAGACAGGAGUUCUGUGCCUGACACAUCUGCCCAGCCUCUCGACACACUAAUACCAGAGAGAACCGAGCCUGCUUCACAACUCUCCAGACCAUCUGAAUCGAGUGCUCACGAGCCUGAGGACGUGCUUCGAGACAUCAGACGUGCUGCAGUAAUGGAGGAACCCCAAGGAGUGAUACCAGCAGCUGAUCUCAAACCAGGAGAGACAGGACUGUUCACAGUAAAGCCUCUUGUGGAAGCUGUAGACGUGGAGGCCAUGAGCAAGGGGACCCAGCCAGUCCCUCAGGAGAUGCUCCCUGACCGUCCCUCUGCUCCCACCGUGACACAUCUGAACCAGAACCUAGAAGAACCUCUGAACCAGGAGAGUGCUGAACCGGAUGCUCCGACCAUGGUCCAGGUGUCUAUCACUAAGGAAUCAACUGUCAAAGAAACAAAUUACAUGGAGUCUUUGCCCCUGAACAGCGAGACUAAAUUUGAACAUAGUCCUUCACCUACACAGCUUAAGAAACUCGAUCCAUUAACAGCAGACAGUAGCACAGCUGCUGAAGACAGGAGUUCUGUGCCUGACACAUCUGCCCAGCCUCUCGACACACUAAUAUCAGAGAGAACCGAGCCUGCUUCACAACUCUCCAGACCAUCUGAAUCGAGUGCUCACGAGCCUGAGGACGUGCUUCGAGACAUCAGACGUGCUGCAGUAAUGGAGGAACCUCAAGGAGUGAUACCAGCAGCUGAUCUCAAACCAGGAGAGACAGGACUGUUCACAGUAAAGCCUCUUGUGGAAGCUGUAGACGUGGAGGCCAUGAGCAAGGGGACCCAGCCAGUCCCUCAGGAGAUGCUCCCUGACCGUCCCUCUGCUCCCACCGUGACACAUCUGAACCAGAACCUAGAAGAACCUCUGAACCAGGAGAGUGCUGAACCGGAUGCUCCGACCAUGGUCCAGGUGUCUAUCACUAAGGAAUCAACUGUCAAAGAAACAAAUUACAUGGAGUCUUUGCCCCUGAACAGCGAGACUAAAUUUGAACAUAGUCCUUCACCUACACAGCUUAAGAAACUCGAUCCAUUAACAGCAGACAGUAGCACAGCUGCUGAAGACAGGAGUUCUGUGCCUGACACAUCUGCCCAGCCUCUCGACACACUAAUAUCAGAGAGAACCGAGCCUGCUUCACAACUCUCCAGACCAUCUGAAUCGAGUGCUCACGAGCCUGAGGACGUGCUUCGAGACAUCAGACGUGCUGCAGUAAUGGAGGAACCUCAAGGAGUGAUACCAGCAGCUGAUCUCAAACCAGGAGAGACAGGACUGUUCACAGUAAAGCCUCUUGUGGAAGCUGUAGACGUGGAGGCCAUGAGCAAGGGGACCCAGCCAGUCCCUCAGGAGAUGCUCCCUGACCGUCCCUCUGCUCCCACCGUGACACAUCUGAACCAGAACCUAGAAGAACCUCUGAACCAGGAGAGUGCUGAACCGGAUGCUCCGACCAUGGUCCAGGUGUCUAUCACUAAGGAAUCAACUGUCAAAGAAACAAAUUACAUGGAGUCUUUGCCCCUGAACAGCGAGACUAAAUUUGAACAUAGUCCUUCACCUACACAGCUUAAGAAACUCGAUCCAUUAACAGCAGACAGUAGCACAGCUGCUGAAGACAGGAGUUCUGUGCCUGACACAUCUGCCCAGCCUCUCGACACACUAAUAUCAGAGAGAACCGAGCCUGCUUCACAACUCUCCAGACCAUCUGAAUCGAGUGCUCACGAGCCUGAGGACGUGCUUCGAGACAUCAGACGUGCUGCAGUAAUGGAGGAACCUCAAGGAGUGAUACCAGCAGCUGAUCUCAAACCAGGAGAGACAGGACUGUUCACAGUAAAGCCUCUUGUGGAAGCUGUAGACGUGGAGGCCAUGAGCAAGGGGACCCAGCCAGUCCCUCAGGAGAUGCUCCCUGACCGUGUGGAAGAGGAAAGGUCCAUCUGCAGACCCACAGAGGAAGGAGCAGAGAUACAGGCUGCUUUCAGUAAGGUCCCACAGGCAGCCAGCCCAGUCAGUGAGGUGGAGGAGCCCUCAGAGGCCACACUGAAGCUCUCUCGCCCAGACGCAGACACUGGUCCUCAGGAGCACACAGCACUGCCCUCUGCUCCCACCGUGACACAUCUGAACCAGAACCUAGAAGAACCUCUGAACCAGGAGAGUGCUGAACCGGAUGCUCCGACCAUGGUCCAGGUGUCUAUCACUAAGGAAUCAACUGUCAAAGAAACAAAUUACAUGGAGUCUUUGCCCCUGAACAGCGAGACUAAAUUUGAACAUAGUCCUUCACCUACACAGCUUAAGAAACUCGAUCCAUUAACAGCAGACAGUAGCACAGCUGCUGAAGACAGGAGUUCUGUGCCUGACACAUCUGCCCAGCCUCUCGACACACUAAUAUCAGAGAGAACCGAGCCUGCUUCACAACUCUCCAGACCAUCUGAAUCGAGUGCUCACGAGCCUGAGGACGUGCUUCGAGACAUCAGACGUGCUGCAGUAAUGGAGGAACCUCAAGGAGUGAUACCAGCAGCUGAUCUCAAACCAGGAGAGACAGGACUGUUCACAGUAAAGCCUCUUGUGGAAGCUGUAGACGUGGAGGCCAUGAGCAAGGGGACCCAGCCAGUCCCUCAGGAGAUGCUCCCUGACCGUGUGGAAGAGGAAAGGUCCAUCUGCAGACCCACAGAGGAAGGAGCAGAGAUACAGGCUGCUUUCAGUAAGGUCCCACAGGCAGCCAGCCCAGUCAGUGAGGUGGAGGAGCCCUCAGUGGCCACACUGAAGCUCUCUCGCCCAGACGCAGACACUGGUCCUCAGGAGCACACAGCACUGCCCUCUGCUCCCACCGUGACACAUCUGAACCAGAACCUAGAAGAACCUCUGAACCAGGAGAGUGCUGAAGCGGAUGCUCCGACCAUGGUCCAGGUGUCUAUCACUAAGGAAUCAACUGUCAAAGAAACAAAUUACAUGGAGUCUUUGCCCCUGAACAGCGAGACUAAAUUUGAACAUAGUCCUUCACCUACACAGCUUAAGAAACUCGAUCCAUUAACAGCAGACAGUAGCACAGCUGCUGAAGACAGGAGUUCUGUGCCUGACACAUCUGCCCAGCCUCUCGACACACUAAUAUCAGAGAGAACCGAGCCUGCUUCACAACUCUCCAGACCAUCUGAAUCGAGUGCUCACGAGCCUGAGGACGUGCUUCGAGACAUCAGACGUGCUGCAGUAAUGGAGGAACCUCAAGGAGUGAUACCAGCAGCUGAUCUCAAACCAGGAGAGACAGGACUGUUCACAGUAAAGCCUCUUGUGGAAGCUGUAGACGUGGAGGCCAUGAGCAAGGGGACCCAGCCAGUCCCUCAGGAGAUGCUCCCUGACCGUGUGGAAGAGGAAAGGUCCAUCUGCAGACCCACAGAGGAAGGAGCAGAGAUACAGGCUGCUUUCAGUAAGGUCCCACAGGCAGCCAGCCCAGUCAGUGAGGUGGAGGAGCCCUCAGUGGCCACACUGAAGCUCUCUCGCCCAGACGCAGACACUGGUCCUCAGGAGCACACAGCACUGCCCUCUGCUCCCACCGUGACACAUCUGAACCAGAACCUAGAAGAACCUCUGAACCAGGAGAGUGCUGAAGCGGAUGCUCCGACCAUGGUCCAGGUGUCUAUCACUAAGGAAUCAACUGUCAAAGAAACAAAUUACAUGGAGUCUUUGCCCCUGAACAGCGAGACUAAAUUUGAACAUAGUCCUUCACCUACACAGCUUAAGAAACUCGAUCCAUUAACAGCAGACAGUAGCACAGCUGCUGAAGACAGGAGUUCUGUGCCUGACACAUCUGCCCAGCCUCUCGACACACUAAUAUCAGAGAGAACCGAGCCUGCUUCACAACUCUCCAGACCAUCUGAAUCGAGUGCUCACGAGCCUGAGGACGUGCUUCGAGACAUCAGACGUGCUGCAGUAAUGGAGGAACCUCAAGGAGUGAUACCAGCAGCUGAUCUCAAACCAGGAGAGACAGGACUGUUCACAGUAAAGCCUCUUGUGGAAGCUGUAGACGUGGAGGCCAUGAGCAAGGGGACCCAGCCAGUCCCUCAGGAGAUGCUCCCUGACCGUGUGGAAGAGGAAAGGUCCAUCUGCAGACCCACAGAGGAAGGAGCAGAGAUACAGGCUGCUUUCAGUAAGGUCCCACAGGCAGCCAGCCCAGUCAGUGAGGUGGAGGAGCCCUCAGUGGCCACACUGAAGCUCUCUCGCCCAGACGCAGACACUGGUCCUCAGGAGCACACAGCACUGCCCUCUGCUCCCACCGUGACACAUCUGAACCAGAACCUAGAAGAACCUCUGAACCAGGAGAGUGCUGAACCGGAUGCUCCGACCAUGGUCCAGGUGUCUAUCACUAAGGAAUCAACUGUCAAAGAAACAAAUUACAUGGAGUCUUUGCCCCUGAACAGCGAGACUAAAUUUGAACAUAGUCCUUCACCUACACAGCUUAAGAAACUCGAUCCAUUAACAGCAGACAGUAGCACAGCUGCUGAAGACAGGAGUUCUGUGCCUGACACAUCUGCCCAGCCUCUCGACACACUAAUAUCAGAGAGAACCGAGCCUGCUUCACAACUCUCCAGACCAUCUGAAUCGAGUGCUCACGAGCCUGAGGACGUGCUUCGAGACAUCAGACGUGCUGCAGUAAUGGAGGAACCCCAAGGAGUGAUACCAGCAGCUGAUCUCAAACCAGGAGAGACAGGACUGUUCACAGUAAAGCCUCUUGUGGAAGCUGUAGACGUGGAGGCCAUGAGCAAGGGGACCCAGCCAGUCCCUCAGGAGAUGCUCCCUGACCGUCCCUCUGCUCCCACCGUGACACAUCUGAACCAGAACCUAGAAGAACCUCUGAACCAGGAGAGUGCUGAACCGGAUGCUCCGACCAUGGUCCAGGUGUCUAUCACUAAGGAAUCAACUGUCAAAGAAACAAAUUACAUGGAGUCUUUGCCCCUGAACAGCGAGACUAAAUUUGAACAUAGUCCUUCACCUACACAGCUUAAGAAACUCGAUCCAUUAACAGCAGACAGUAGCACAGCUGCUGAAGACAGGAGUUCUGUGCCUGACACAUCUGCCCAGCCUCUCGACACACUAAUAUCAGAGAGAACCGAGCCUGCUUCACAACUCUCCAGACCAUCUGAAUCGAGUGCUCACGAGCCUGAGGACGUGCUUCGAGACAUCAGACGUGCUGCAGUAAUGGAGGAACCUCAAGGAGUGAUACCAGCAGCUGAUCUCAAACCAGGAGAGACAGGACUGUUCACAGUAAAGCCUCUUGUGGAAGCUGUAGACGUGGAGGCCAUGAGCAAGGGGACCCAGCCAGUCCUUCAGGAGAUGCUCCCUGACCGUCCCUCUGCUCCCACCGUGACACAUCUGAACCAGAACCUAGAAGAACCUCUGAACCAGGAGAGUGCUGAACCGGAUGCUCCGACCAUGGUCCAGGUGUCUAUCACUAAGGAAUCAACUGUCAAAGAAACAAAUUACAUGGAGUCUUUGCCCCUGAACAGCGAGACUAAAUUUGAACAUAGUCCUUCACCUACACAGCUUAAGAAACUCGAUCCAUUAACAGCAGACAGUAGCACAGCUGCUGAAGACAGGAGUUCUGUGCCUGACACAUCUGCCCAGCCUCUCGACACACUAAUAUCAGAGAGAACCGAGCCUGCUUCACAACUCUCCAGACCAUCUGAAUCGAGUGCUCACGAGCCUGAGGACGUGCUUCGAGACAUCAGACGUGCUGCAGUAAUGGAGGAACCUCAAGGAGUGAUACCAGCAGCUGAUCUCAAACCAGGAGAGACAGGACUGUUCACAGUAAAGCCUCUUGUGGAAGCUGUAGACGUGGAGGCCAUGAGCAAGGGGACCCAGCCAGUCCCUCAGGAGAUGCUCCCUGACCGUCCCUCUGCUCCCACCGUGACACAUCUGAACCAGAACCUAGAAGAACCUCUGAACCAGGAGAGUGCUGAACCGGAUGCUCCGACCAUGGUCCAGGUGUCUAUCACUAAGGAAUCAACUGUCAAAGAAACAAAUUACAUGGAGUCUUUGCCCCUGAACAGCGAGACUAAAUUUGAACAUAGUCCUUCACCUACACAGCUUAAGAAACUCGAUCCAUUAACAGCAGACAGUAGCACAGCUGCUGAAGACAGGAGUUCUGUGCCUGACACAUCUGCCCAGCCUCUCGACACACUAAUAUCAGAGAGAACCGAGCCUGCUUCACAACUCUCCAGACCAUCUGAAUCGAGUGCUCACGAGCCUGAGGACGUGCUUCGAGACAUCAGACGUGCUGCAGUAAUGGAGGAACCUCAAGGAGUGAUACCAGCAGCUGAUCUCAAACCAGGAGAGACAGGACUGUUCACAGUAAAGCCUCUUGUGGAAGCUGUAGACGUGGAGGCCAUGAGCAAGGGGACCCAGCCAGUCCCUCAGGAGAUGCUCCCUGACCACGCAGACACUGGUCCUCAGGAGCACACAGCACUGCCCUCUGCUCCCACCGUGACACAUCUGAACCAGAACCUAGAAGAACCUCUGAACCAGGAGAGUGCUGAACCGGAUGCUCCGACCAUGGUCCAGGUGUCUAUCACUAAGGAAUCAACUGUCAAAGAAACAAAUUACAUGGAGUCUUUGCCCCUGAACAGCGAGACUAAAUUUGAACAUAGUCCUUCACCUACACAGCUUAAGAAACUCGAUCCAUUAACAGCAGACAGUAGCACAGCUGCUGAAGACAGGAGUUCUGUGCCUGACACAUCUGCCCAGCCUCUCGACACACUAAUAUCAGAGAGAACCGAGCCUGCUUCACAACUCUCCAGACCAUCUGAAUCGAGUGCUCACGAGCCUGAGGACGUGCUUCGAGACAUCAGACGUGCUGCAGUAAUGGAGGAACCUCAAGGAGUGAUACCAGCAGCUGAUCUCAAACCAGGAGAGACAGGACUGUUCACAGUAAAGCCUCUUGUGGAAGCUGUAGACGUGGAGGCCAUGAGCAAGGGGACCCAGCCAGUCCCUCAGGAGAUGCUCCCUGACCGUGUGGAAGAGGAAAGGUCCAUCUGCAGACCCACAGAGGAAGGAGCAGAGAUACAGGCUGCUUUCAGUAAGGUCCCACAGGCAGCCAGCCCAGUCAGUGAGGUGGAGGAGCCCUCAGUGGCCACACUGAAGCUCUCUCGCCCAGACGCAGACACUGGUCCUCAGGAGCACACAGCACUGAACCUAGAAGAACCUCUGAACCAGGAGAGUGCUGAACCGGAUGCUCCGACCAUGGUCCAGGUGUCUGUCACUAAGGAAUCAACUGUCAAAGAAGCAAAUUACAUGGAGUCUUUGCCCCUGAACAGCGAGACUAAAUUUGAACAUAGUCCUUCACCUACACAGCUUAAGAAACUCGAUCCAGUAACAGCAGACAGUAGCACAGCUGCUGAAGACAGGAGUUCUGUGCCUGACACAUCUGCCCAGCCUCUCGACACACUAAUACCAGAGAGAACCGAGCCUGCUUCACAACUCUCCAGACCAUCUGAAUCGAGCGCUACCGAGCCUGAGGACGUGCUUCGGGACAUCAGACGUGCUGCAGUAAUGGAGGAACCUCAAGGAGUGAUACCAGCAGCUGAUCUCAAACCAGGAGAGACAGGACCGUUCACAGUAAAGCCUCUUGUGGAAGCUGUAGACGUGGAGGCCAUGAGCAAGGGGACCCAGCCAGUCCCUCAGGAGAUGUUACCUGACCGUGUGGAAGAGGAAAGGUCCAUCUGCAGACCCACAGAGGAAGGAGCAGAGAUACAGGCUGCUUUCAGUAAGGUCCCACAGGCAGCCAGCCCAGUCAGUGAGGUGGAGGAGCCCUCAGUGGCCACACUGAAGCUCUCUCGCCCAGACGCAGACACUGGUCCUCAGGAGCACACAGCACUGAACCUAGAAGAACCUCUGAACCAGGAGAGUGCUGAACCGGAUGCUCCGACCAUGGUCCAGGUGUCUGUCACUAAGGAAUCAACUGUCAAAGAAGCAAAUUACAUGGAGUCUUUGCCCCUGAACAGCGAGACUAAAUUUGAACAUAGUCCUUCACCUACACAGCUUAAGAAACUCGAUCCAGUAACAGCAGACAGUAGCACAGCUGCUGAAGACAGGAGUUCUGUGCCUGACACAUCUGCCCAGCCUCUCGACACACUAAUACCAGAGAGAACCGAGCCUGCUUCACAACUCUCCAGACCAUCUGAAUCGAGCGCUACCGAGCCUGAGGACGUGCUUCGGGACAUCAGACGUGCUGCAGUAAUGGAGGAACCUCAAGGAGUGAUACCAGCAGCUGAUCUCAAACCAGGAGAGACAGGACCGUUCACAGUAAAGCCUCUUGUGGAAGCUGUAGACGUGGAGGCCAUGAGCAAGGGGACCCAGCCAGUCCCUCAGGAGAUGUUACCUGACCGUGUGGAAGAGGAAAGGUCCAUCUGCAGACCCACAGAGGAAGGAGCAGAGAUACAGGCUGCUUUCAGUAAGGUCCCACAGGCAGCCAGCCCAGUCAGUGAGGUGGAGGAGCCCUCAGUGGCCACACUGAAGCUCUCUCGCCUAGACGCAGACACUGGUCCUCAGGAACACACAGCACUGCCCUCUGCUCCCACCGUGACGCAUCUGAACCAGAACCUAGAAGAACCUCUGAACCAGGAGAGUGCUGAACCGGAUGCUCCGACCAUGGUCCAGGUGUCUAUCACUAAGCCCUCUGCUCCCACCGUGACACAUCUGAACCAGAACCUAGAAGAACCUCUGAACCAGGAGAGUGCUGAACCGGAUGCUCCGACCAUGGUCCAGGUGUCUAUCACUAAGGAAUCAACUGUCAAAGAAACAAAUUACAUGGAGUCUUUGCCCCUGAACAGCGAGACUAAAUUUGAACAUAGUCCUUCACCUACACAGCUUAAGAAACUCGAUCCAUUAACAGCAGACAGUAGCACAGCUGCUGAAGACAGGAGUUCUGUGCCUGACACAUCUGCCCAGCCUCUCGACACACUAAUAUCAGAGAGAACCGAGCCUGCUUCACAACUCUCCAGACCAUCUGAAUCGAGUGCUCACGAGCCUGAGGACGUGCUUCGAGACAUCAGACGUGCUGCAGUAAUGGAGGAACCUCAAGGAGUGAUACCAGCAGCUGAUCUCAAACCAGGAGAGACAGGACUGUUCACAGUAAAGCCUCUUGUGGAAGCUGUAGACGUGGAGGCCAUGAGCAAGGGGACCCAGCCAGUCCCUCAGGAGAUGCUCCCUGACCGUCCCUCUGCUCCCACCGUGACACAUCUGAACCAGAACCUAGAAGAACCUCUGAACCAGGAGAGUGCUGAACCGGAUGCUCCGACCAUGGUCCAGGUGUCUAUCACUAAGGAAUCAACUGUCAAAGAAACAAAUUACAUGGAGUCUUUGCCCCUGAACAGCGAGACUAAAUUUGAACAUAGUCCUUCACCUACACAGCUUAAGAAACUCGAUCCAUUAACAGCAGACAGUAGCACAGCUGCUGAAGACAGGAGUUCUGUGCCUGACACAUCUGCCCAGCCUCUCGACACACUAAUAUCAGAGAGAACCGAGCCUGCUUCACAACUCUCCAGACCAUCUGAAUCGAGUGCUCACGAGCCUGAGGACGUGCUUCGAGACAUCAGACGUGCUGCAGUAAUGGAGGAACCUCAAGGAGUGAUACCAGCAGCUGAUCUCAAACCAGGAGAGACAGGACUGUUCACAGUAAAGCCUCUUGUGGAAGCUGUAGACGUGGAGGCCAUGAGCAAGGGGACCCAGCCAGUCCCUCAGGAGAUGCUCCCUGACCGUGUGGAAGAGGAAAGGUCCAUCUGCAGACCCACAGAGGAAGGAGCAGAGAUACAGGCUGCUUUCAGUAAGGUCCCACAGGCAGCCAGCCCAGUCAGUGAGGUGGAGGAGCCCUCAGAGGCCACACUGAAGCUCUCUCGCCCAGACGCAGACACUGGUCCUCAGGAGCACACAGCACUGCCCUCUGCUCCCACCGUGACACAUCUGAACCAGAACCUAGAAGAACCUCUGAACCAGGAGAGUGCUGAACCGGAUGCUCCGACCAUGGUCCAGGUGUCUAUCACUAAGGAAUCAACUGUCAAAGAAACAAAUUACAUGGAGUCUUUGCCCCUGAACAGCGAGACUAAAUUUGAACAUAGUCCUUCACCUACACAGCUUAAGAAACUCGAUCCAUUAACAGCAGACAGUAGCACAGCUGCUGAAGACAGGAGUUCUGUGCCUGACACAUCUGCCCAGCCUCUCGACACACUAAUAUCAGAGAGAACCGAGCCUGCUUCACAACUCUCCAGACCAUCUGAAUCGAGUGCUCACGAGCCUGAGGACGUGCUUCGAGACAUCAGACGUGCUGCAGUAAUGGAGGAACCUCAAGGAGUGAUACCAGCAGCUGAUCUCAAACCAGGAGAGACAGGACUGUUCACAGUAAAGCCUCUUGUGGAAGCUGUAGACGUGGAGGCCAUGAGCAAGGGGACCCAGCCAGUCCCUCAGGAGAUGCUCCCUGACCGUGUGGAAGAGGAAAGGUCCAUCUGCAGACCCACAGAGGAAGGAGCAGAGAUACAGGCUGCUUUCAGUAAGGUCCCACAGGCAGCCAGCCCAGUCAGUGAGGUGGAGGAGCCCUCAGUGGCCACACUGAAGCUCUCUCGCCCAGACGCAGACACUGGUCCUCAGGAGCACACAGCACUGAACCUAGAAGAACCUCUGAACCAGGAGAGUGCUGAACCGGAUGCUCCGACCAUGGUCCAGGUGUCUGUCACUAAGGAAUCAACUGUCAAAGAAGCAAAUUACAUGGAGUCUUUGCCCCUGAACAGCGAGACUAAAUUUGAACAUAGUCCUUCACCUACACAGCUUAAGAAACUCGAUCCAGUAACAGCAGACAGUAGCACAGCUGCUGAAGACAGGAGUUCUGUGCCUGACACAUCUGCCCAGCCUCUCGACACACUAAUACCAGAGAGAACCGAGCCUGCUUCACAACUCUCCAGACCAUCUGAAUCGAGCGCUACCGAGCCUGAGGACGUGCUUCGGGACAUCAGACGUGCUGCAGUAAUGGAGGAACCUCAAGGAGUGAUACCAGCAGCUGAUCUCAAACCAGGAGAGACAGGACCGUUCACAGUAAAGCCUCUUGUGGAAGCUGUAGACGUGGAGGCCAUGAGCAAGGGGACCCAGCCAGUCCCUCAGGAGAUGUUACCUGACCGUGUGGAAGAGGAAAGGUCCAUCUGCAGACCCACAGAGGAAGGAGCAGAGAUACAGGCUGCUUUCAGUAAGGUCCCACAGGCAGCCAGCCCAGUCAGUGAGGUGGAGGAGCCCUCAGUGGCCACACUGAAGCUCUCUCGCCCAGACGCAGACACUGGUCCUCAGGAACACACAGCACUGCAGGAUGUGCGUGGUGAGCUGCGUGAGCAGAGGGAUCUGAUCAAAGCUAUCGGUCGCCACGUCUACUCCCCCAAUGUGGCGUGGGAGGAGCAGGCUUCAUCUGGGAUGCACACAGGUGGAACAAGUUAUAGUGACACUGGGUCACCAGUAAAGAAGGCUACCGGCAACCAGGGAUGGAUCCAGCUUCUAUCCAGCCUACAGACUCUUCUGGACUCAGUCAGCACAGAGCAAGAUAGAACUACAUCAGAGUUGAGUGUGCUAGCUGAGGGUGAGGUGAGGGAUGUCUCUGGAUCCCAUCUCGCACAGGAACUGCGUGGAUAUACCGAGCAGCUCCAUUGUCUUUGUAAUGCCACACAAGAUGUGGGCACGCCGGCUGCAGAAGAGGCCUGGGAUGCUGUUCAGUCUGAGCUCGGUGAGGCUCUGACCGGCCUGAGUCACACCCUCUGCGGCAUCACACACACCCUGCGGUGCCCCCCCGAGACACGCCGGGAGGCAGGUCAGCUCCGGCUGCUCGUCCUGCAGAGUCUGUCAGCACAGCUGGCCUCCGUGGCCACUGAGACCAGCAGCCUGGGCUCGGAAUUCGCUGCCCUUUCCGGCCCCGGGGCGUCUGACGCAUCUGCCUGUCUGGAGCAUCUCCGGAGUUGCGUGGUGUCUCUUCAGAGAGCCCUGGCAUGUCGGGAGAAGGAGCUAAGCGUGUGGCUGGGUCACACGUCUCGGCUCCAGGAGUGCCUGCUGGAGAGCCCAGUGUCUGUGCUGGAGGUCAGGGUCCCUCAGCAGAGCAACGCCAGCAGCCUGCUUCUGGACAUGUCCAGCGAGCAGAGUGCACGGAGUGGAGUGUGGAAUUCCAUGCGGGAGCUGCGGGAGACGUCGGGGGAGAGUCCGGCGCUCCGCCGCUGUUCCCGGGCGCUCCUGCAGGGCCUGGAGGCUCUCGCGGAGCUGGGCUCUGAACGGCUGCAGCACACCAGGAACACACGGCCUCUAAGCUACCACCAGCUCCAGAGCCUCCUCUUGCAACACAAGAGGUACUUCCAGGAGCUGAAGACCUACCACGUCAUGAUGGUACAUCUCUCCAAGCAGCUGCCAGAGGGGGCACUACAGGACCAAGGAGACACUGAGCGGUUGGUCUCUGACCUACUUUUGCAGGCUCAAGAGCAAGGAAUUCACAUGCAGUAUAACAUACAGGAGUGGUCUCAGUAUGAGGAGGUGAGGGGGAGGCUGAGCACGCAGCUGGAGGAGCUGGAUGCAGCUUUACCCAGCGAAGACCUCCACCCUGAGCUGGAACACCUGCACACCUACCAACGGGUACUAGGGCUCCUGGAGGACUGUAGGCCCCAGGUUGAGAUGCUGCGGGACUGGGCCAGCCUCCUGCAGGACUCGCCCUGCUGGUCCUGGGAACGGGACGGCCGGGCCGCCCCCGGAGCAGGGCUGCAGGCGUACUGGCAGUCACUCCACAGACGAGCGGAGCAGCAGCUUCAGCGCGCAGAGGAGAUGCGAGUCAGCUACGAUAGGUUCCAGUGCAGCUCAGCGGAGCUGGAGAGUUGGAUGGCUACUACGUGCACACAUGCGCAGAUGUGGAGCAGCCUGGGUGGCUCUAGGCCGCGGGACGCCAGGGUCCUCCUGCCGCAGCUCAUGGAGUUUGUCAAGGAGCUGGAAACCAGGUCCGAGCAGAUGUCUAUGGCCACGAGGGCUGGCACUGAUGUGCUGCAUCUGUCGGACAGCGGCGCCCCGGCUGUGCGAGAACGCUUGGCCCAGCUCGAGCAAGGCUGGACAGAUCUCACAAACACUCUGCCCUCCGUGCAGCGCACACUGCAACAGCUGCUGGCAGGCCUGUCUCAGACUGAGGUCAUGGCUGAGCUGACCUCCUGGCUGGAGCGCAUGGAAAGCAGACUGGAGGAGGAGAGCCAUAGGGAGCAGUAUGUCCUGGAUUCCGCUGGGCUUGCCAUGCUUCUGCAAAGAGUGAAGGAUGCCAAAGCAGAAGUGACAAGCUGGCAGCCAUGCCUUGACUUCCUCAACCAGUCCAUUGAGCAGGUGAGCUCAGAGGACCACCCUGCCAUUGGGAACGAACGUUUGCUCCGUGCCGAGCAGCUUGGGGCCCUCAAUCUCCGCUGGACCCUCCUUCGGGGGAAGACUGACAGCCAGAUGCAUGAAAUGGAGUAUAGAAAGCAGACCUACGCAGACAGAGAGGGCCGACUGUGCCGACUACACAGAUGGAUGUCGAAGCUGGAAGAGAGAAUGAAUGUUGCUGAGAGGCCAGCUGGCUGGACACAGAUGCUCCAGGCCUUGGAGGACUGUAAGCGAGAGGAGGAGUUGCUGAAGCUGAAAUCUGCUGAGCUGCUGCAGUUGGAAACUCGGCACGCGUUGGAGCAGGCGGGCGGGCAGCAUGCGGGAGAUCGGGCGUCCUCCACCCCGCUGGAGCGCACCAGGGAGCGGAGCCGAGCUCUCCUGCAGCAGCUGUGUGCAGUCCAGGCGUCUCUGGCGGCGCUGAAGGAGCUGUGGACUCAGUGGAACAUGACACUGAGGACUGCUGUUCUGGGAACAGCCAGCGUGGCCUACCGGCUGCAGUGCAGAAAAGGCCCACUGUUCUCCCUGGAGCAGAGCCGAGACCAUGCAGAGCAGCUCCAGGAGCUUCAGAUGGAAACGGUGAAGACAGAAGAGACGUGGACCAGCUUAGCCAGUCUGUGCUCAGACCUGAGUGGCAGAGUCCACCCCAGCACUGCCCUGCUCAUGUCUGCCCGCCUGUAUGGCGAGAAGGCGCGAUGGAUAGCGACGGUCCAGGAUGUGGACAGACAGCUGCAGAAGGCCCAGACAGAGCUAGAGCUGUGGAAAGUGUACAGGCGACUCUACCUGGACUGCUCUGGACGACUGAGCCAUCUCUGGGAGCAGUACGAGGUGCUCCUGAGGCGCCCGGCUGGACAGCAGGAGGCCCGGGUAACUCUGCUUCACGGCAGAAUCGCCGCGAUUGGCCUUUUGGAGGACAAAAUGGAAGCAUUGCAGAACAGUGCUGGGGAAGUAUGGGAAGCCUCAAGGACCCUUGUUGCACAGAUGGAGCCCCAGGCAGCUCCACUCAUCCAAUCACAGACCAGGUUGCUCUCACGUGAUCUUGGGCAUCUGGGCCAGGCAUUGUCUAAGAGACGGCUACACCUCCAGGAGGAAUUAGAAGAGUAUGUCACCUUCAGUCAAGGUUUGAAAUCUCUAGAACAAAGUUUCAAAAGCUCUGAAGACCUAAUGACGCCCCCCACUGCAAACACAGAGUGCUUGAAGAUGGGUCUAUUGGAGCUGAGUGGUCUGACCCCUGACCUUGGAGCUCUGAACGAGCAGGGCCUCAGACUCGUCAUCGGGGUAGGUGAGGCCGAACGUCUGCGGGACCUCAACGCGCGGUGGGUGUGGCUCUUCUCCCAGGCCACGGACAGGCACAGGGAGAUGUAUAGUGAGCAGCUGUGCGUGCAGACUUUCCAACAGAAGUGCCAGGCAUGGAUGGCUUUACUAGAGAGAGUGGAGGACAGCCUGUGCAGCGAGAUUUCUGGAGACGGCUCGUUCGUAAGGGAGCAGCUUGCCGCUCACCAGAAACUGAAACUGGAAGUGCUGGUUGGUCAGCAGCUCCUGGAGGCUGUGGUCACUGAGGCUCUGAGUGUGCUGCAGAAAGGUCCAGCAGAGGACAGGCGAGUGAAACCGUUGACCCAGCUCAGAGAGCGCUGGCAGGGCACACUGCACACGGUCCAGCAGCGCAGCAGGUGCCUGGAGCAGCUGGCACGGCAGUGGAGGCUCUGUAGCACUGGCCUGAAAAGGCUCUGGUGGCUUCUUGGUGACUUGGAACCACUACUGCCCCCUGCUGGCAUGGUGAAUUGCAGCCUUCAGCAGCUCCAACAGUCCAUUCAGGACUAUGAGUGGGCUCAGGAGCAGCUGAGCUCCCGCAAGCAGCUCUACACCCAGACGGUGCAGGAAGGCAGGCACGUCUUGUCCCGGGCAGGCACGCAGGCACCGUCUGAGCUGGCGACAGAACUCCGGGCCUUACAGGAGGCCUGGGAGCAGAGCUGUAGCCUGCUGGAGAAGAGGAAGACUCUAGCACAGACUGUCAUUCACAACUGGAGUAGCUGUGAGGCUGGACUCGCCGACAGUUUGCUUAAACUGAAAAAGAUUUCUGUCAGACUGAAGGAACCACUGCCAGACAGCCUGGAGCUUCGAGAGAAACUCUUCAAGGAGGACGAGGACGCCCUGGAGCUGUGGGCCGAAGGACUGAGGAGACUGGCCACCAUGAAGGCCGACGCGUCGCAGUACGUGCUGCCCGGAGACGCUGCGCUGCUCCAGGGACAGCUGGACGAACUCCACAGCCAGUGGGAAGAGGUUUGCCUGAAGGUGUCCAAGCGCAAACAGGAGAUCGCCGACCGUCUGAACACCUGGAUCAUUUUCAAGGACAAAAACGAGGAGCUUUGCGAUUGGCUAGCCCAUAUGGAGCACAAGGUUGCCCAUAGUGAUAAACACUUGACCAUAGAGGAGACGGUGGAGAAGCUGAAGAAGGACUGCGUGGACGAGAUCAGCCUCUUCAGCGAGAACAAGAGGCACCUGAAGCAGCUGGGGGAGCAGCUCCUCACGUCCAGCGACCAAGCCAAAGAGGCCGAGAUCCACGGAGUGCUGGGACACAUCAGCUGCCGUUGGCAGCACAUGUUCGACCACAUCGAGGCGAGGGUGAGCAAGCUGAAGGAGACGCUGGUAACAGUGCACCAGCUGCACAGGAGCAUGAGCAGCCUGCAACCCUGGCUGUCCCGGGUCGAGACGGUGCUGACCAGUCCCGCGGAGUACGGCGUCUGCCACAGAGACGAGAUCCGGAGGAGGCUCGCCGAGCAGCAGGAGCUGCAGACAGACAUCGAACAGCACACUGAGGGAGUGUCAUCUGUCCUUGCACUGGGCGACGUUCUCCUGCAUGACGAGGACGCCUGUAGCAGUGACAGCGAAAAUGACUCUAUCCGGGUGACCAUGCGCAGCCUGGACCAGCGCUGGAGAAAGAUCUGCUCCAUGUCCCUGGAGAGGCGGCUGAGGAUUGAGGAGACAUGGCGGCUAUGGCGCAAGUUCGAGGAUGACUACUUGCGCUUCGAGGACUGGCUGAGUGUAGCCGAGCGCACCGCCUCCGAGCCCAGCUCAUCUGAUGUCCUCUACGCCGUCGCCAAGGAGGAGCUCAAACGAUACGAGACACUCCAGAGAGAGGUGUACGAGAGGCUGGCCCAACUGGAGAGCAUCAACUAUCAGUACUGCCAGCUCGCCCGCGAUAACCGCCUGGAUGCGGGCAAAAGGCUCCGGACCAUGGUGCAACGGAGCAACCAGCAGUGGGACGCCCUCCAGAUGAGAGUGGCAGCCAUAUUGCGCAGGCUGAAGCACUUCACGGCUCAGAGGGAGGAGUUUGAGAGCACGCGUGAGCACCUGAUGAUCUGGCUCACCGAGACGGACCUGCAGCUUUCCAGUGUGGAGCACUUCUCCGAGAGCGACAUCCACCACAAGCUGGAACAGCUCAGGGGCCUGAAGAAGAUCAUCACUCUGAAAACCAAUCAGAUCGACGCCCUCAUCGUGUUCGGGGAGGGCCUGAUCCAGAGGAGCUGUCCCCUGGACGCCGCCGUCAUCGAGGACGAGUUGGAGCAGCUGCACUCGUACUGCCAGGAGGUGUUCGGCCGCGCGGUUCGCUUUCACCAACGCCUCACCGGCCCGCGGCCGCCACUGCAGGAGGAGUCAGAGCUCAGCGGUAGCGAGAGCGCCGCUGCGGCAGAGGCCCCCGAGCCUGCUGGACCGCGCCCCGAUGCCCCCGGCCAGGGCCGCGUGUGCCUCCCUCCCCCCCUGCUGGAGCGCUCCGGCCGUGAGACCCCGGUGAGCGUGGACUCCAUCCCCCUGGAGUGGGACCACACCGGAGACGUGGGAGGGUCCUCCUCACACGAGGAAGAUGAGGAUGCUAGUUUCUUCGAUGGAACCUCAGGCCAAGGCAGAGGGGCGGUCCGCGCCUGGCGCUCCCAGACUGCCCCAGAGAGGAAGCCCCUCAGCGUGGACCUUCCCGCACAUGCCAGCACACCCUAUAAACAAAGCUAUGUGCAGCUCCUGUCCGAGUGCAGCGGCAGCAUCAAGAGUGUGAAAAGAGUCUCUCUGCUCCUGGACGAGGAGGAACAGCAGAUCCAGCAGGGUCUCACCGCCCUCGGUGCUGUGGACAAACAGCCAGGGGUCAUCGAACGCUGGGAGCUGCUCCAGGCCCGGGAGCAGCGCAGCAGCGGUCACCCUCAGCAGCUCACCUCCCACCUGCACGACGUCACUUCCUGGCUGGGCCGCGUCACCCCCGAGCUGGAGACGCUCCUGGAUGCUGAGGUGCCUGUGACCUUGGAGCUCCUGGAGGACCAAGUCAAACAUCUGAAGGAGCUGCAGAAGGCCUUUGCCCACUACAAGACCCUGAUGCUGUCCAUGAAUCUGGGCAGCAGGGAGCCGCAGCAGGAGGUGACCGGCGAGGGUCUCCGGCGGCACGACAGCCUGGGUGGCAUGAACCAGGCCUGGGCGACAGCCUGCGCCAGCCUGGAGGCCUGGGAAAGCAGGCUCCGCACGUCGGUCCUGCACUGCCAGGAGUUCCACGAGAUGCUGCACUCUCUCUUGCUGUGGUUGGCCCAUGCCGAGAGCAGACGAUACACCGUGGAUAUCCACGAGCCCACUGUACUGCCCUCUGCACUGCAUAAGCACAGAAAUGUACUAAUGGACCUGGAAGAAGAGCUGAAGAGCAGGCAAAGGCAAGUAGUCUCUCUGCAGGAGCUCGCCUCCGAGCUGCUCCCAGAGUCGGGGCCGGAGGAGAGCUCUGAGGCUAGGGAGAAGGUCCAUGUCAUUGGGAGCAAAUUGGGACGUCUGCUGUGUCAGGUCAAGGAGGACCUCCGGACUGUACAAGAGCGUCUGGAGUCUACUGAUGCAGUAGCUAGGAGCAAUGAACCUGGAGCUUUGCGGAACCGGAGCGCGCUUUCACACACGGCGGUCUGUUGCAGGGCGCAGAGGAGGGCAGCGUCUCCACGGCGUUCGUUCUUCUGUCGGGUACUGCGUGCCGCCUUCCCGCUUCACCUCCUCGUCUUCUUCCUGCUGGUUCUGGCCUGCCUGGUGCCGCUGUCUGAGGAAGACUACAGCUGCACACUCACCAAUAACUUCGCCCGCUCCUUUCAUCCAAUGCUGCGCUACACUAAUGGACCUCCCCCCACCUGACCACACACACACGCACGCACGCACACACACACACACACACACCCAACACUUUAAUAGGCUACUGAUCAACUGGCUGGCCCGCUUCCAGAGCUGACCCAUUCAAAGUCUUGAAGCACUAAGGGGUGUGAGAGUAUCUUCUGUCUGUUUUUAACAAUUGCAAUUUAUAAACUGGGUUUUGUACUAUUUAUUUCCCAAGGCAAGACCUACUACUGCAAACGUAACAUUUUAAGAAGGAUGUUUACUCUGCUUGUAUGUGUUCCCAUCACUAAUGUUUUUGAGAGACUCUUGUAACAUAUUUGGAUACAAAAGUUGCCUCAAAAGUUCACUCACGACAGAAUGCCUGAAUAAUUAUGUAAUUUGAGAACAAUACUAAUCGGUUGUUCAAAUAUUGGAGGUGUGUCUGCUUUAACAUGCAUGACUAAGACAGAUGUCAUGUUCUGGCCACUGAUCAUUCUGCUUUGUUUUUGUUUGUCUUUUGACUUGCAGAAGAACCCAAAACACAUUUUCUGCCCUUUGAAGUCAUGAAAUACGGAAAAAUAGCACAAAUUUCUAUAUUCAUGUUGCUACAAUAUUAUCUAUAUUUUAAAAAAUGUAUUAAUUUUGGGGAGUGCACUGUAGGAAAUAUACACUCCACAAAGACCUUUUGCUGUACAGUAAUUCAUUUUUGAAUGGUAAGUUAAUGGGGUUUUUUGGUGGGAGGGGCAAUAAACAUUGUAUUUAACAAACGACAA